AUGACUGAUAAAUAUCGUAAAUUACCCUCGGGACCAAACGAUCCUUAAGAAGGCAGGAUGACUCAGUUUGUUGAGAAGAAAUACUUAGGAAUAACUUUCAAAGAAUAUGGCUACUUUUUAGGAUCAAUCAUAAUCAUCACUAUUUUAAACAUUAUUUCAAGAGACUAUCUCUAUAAACUUACUAUUGAAAUCAUCUUAAAACUGUAGGAGGAGGGAAGAGAACCAUUUUGGUUUUGGUUCUUCAAAUAUAUCACGAAAUUAGGUGAUUCCCAUACACUAUAUGGAUUACUACUUCUCAUUUAUGUGUUUAAAUCUAGAGCUCUUGCCCUUCACUACACAAUGAUCAUCUCAACAAUGAUGUUCUUCUUAUGUAUUAUGAAGAUGAUAGUUAGAUUCCCAAGACCAUAUCAAUAUCAUGAUGACAUAAUCCCAACCUCAUGCUCAGGGUAAUGGGGUUGUCCUUCAGCCACCUCUAUUAGAGUGGGUACUAUGGUUAUGAGUGUAUAUUUGGAUUUCGUUUAUGAUAAGAGAAAUAGAAUGCAUCCAAUUUUCUAUGGAAUCGGUUCUCUGUUAACUUUCAUCGGUAUAUUUGGAGUUAUGUGCUCUAGAGUAUAUCUAGCUGCUCACUCAAUUAACCAAGUCAUUUUUGGGUCUACAAUUGGAGUUGAAAUUGCGCUAUUUUUACAUUUUUGUGUUAAGCCUAGACUCUACAAGCAUCUAGCAAAGCUUCAAACUAAAAGCCCACUUUAAACAAAUUAUAAAAGCCUUGUAUUAAAAGCUGUGACCAUGUUCAUCUUAUCGUAAAUCACCUUUCUUGUUUACUAUUAUGUGGCUAAUUUUACUGAGAUUGAUCCAAAAUAUAGAGCUAACUUAUUAAACAAAUGCCCAGGUGAGAUCACUGCUAAAAUCUUCCAUGAAGCAGCAUUCCCCUAUAUUGGAAAAACUGCUCUUGGGUUUUUCGGAUAUCUUGGUGUUUUAGUUCAUCAUAAAUACUUUACUUCAAAUGCAUCAAAUGAAACAGGGCUAAAACAAUCUAUUCCUAGACUAGGACUUUCAUUCAUAAUAGUUUGGAUCUUUGUUAAGCAGCUUGAGCUUGUUGAUUGGUAUUAAAGUAUUUGGAUCUUGUACUUCAACAAAACUUUUAUUCCUUGUGGUGGUGCUGCUUUCAUUUUAUGUGCAUUAGGAGACAGUGUAUUUGAGCAGAUUGGACUUAUGAAUAAAGAUCAGGGUAGGAAAUAUUGCGUUUUCUUACAUGAAAGUGAAGAAAAUGAUGACUCUCAAAACUUAAAUGAUACUAAUAACUCAGAAAAAACUGAGAGCCUAUUAUCUAAAAAAGAUAAAUAGAAUAAAGUUUGA